GGGCGGGGCGGCUCUGCGGCCCGGCCCAGUGGAUGCCGGGCCUUGGGGGAGCGCGCGCGGAGCUGUUCGCUGGGCGUGGCGGGCGGGUGUGGCCAGGGGUGUGGGUCUGUGAGGGACCGGCCGGAAGGGCGUCGCGCGGCCUUGGGUGACAUGCGGGGGGCGGCAAGCGCGAGUGCCUGCGUGCCGACGUCGCUCUCGGGUAGAGGCGCCCCCCGCACAAAGCCCCGGGCGGGCCGAGGCCCGACUGUAGGGACUCCAGCCACCUUGGCCCUCCCUGCCCGGGGAAGGCCGCGCUCAAGGAAUGGCCUCGCAUCCAAAGGCCAGCGAGGAGCGGCCACUACGGGGCCUGGGCACAGAGCUCUGCCUUCCAGGGACACUGCUUUUCCCCAGGAGAGAAACAAACAGCCGGAGGCUGUGGGGACAGGAAUUGAACCUAAAGCCAUGUCCCAGGGCUUGGUGACAUUUGGGGAUGUGGCCAUAGAUUUCUCCCAAGAGGAGUGGGAGUGGCUGAACCCCAUUCAGAGGAACUUGUACAGGAAGGUGAUGUUGGAGAACUACAGGAACCUGGCAUCGCUGGGACUUUGUGUUUCUAAGCCCGAUGUGAUCUCCUCAUUGGAACAAGGAAAAGAGCCUUGGACAGUGAAGAGAAAGAUGACAAGAGCCUGGUGCCCAGACUUGAAGGCUGUGCGGAAGAUCAAGGAGUUACCUCUCAAGAAGGACUUCUGCGAAGGAAAGCUAUCCCAGGCAGUGAUAACAGAGAGACUCACAAGCUAUAAUCUGGAGUACGCUCUGUUAGAAGAACACUGGGAUUAUGAUGCUCUGUUUGAGACACAGCCGGGCUUGGUGACUAUCAAAAACCUGGCUGUUGACUUCCCCCAGCAGCUACACCCAGCUCAGAAGAAUUUCUGUAAGAAUAGGAUAUGGGAGAACUACAGUGACCUGGGAUCAGCAGGACAUUGUGUGGCUAAGCCAGAUUUAGUCUCUUUACUAGAGCAAGAGAAGGAGCCCUGGAUGGUGAAGCGAGAGCUGACAGGAAGCCUGUUCUCAGGCCAGCGAUCUGUACGUGAGACCCAGGAAUUAUUUCCAAAGCAAGAUUCAUAUGCUGAAGGGGUAACAAACAGGACCUCAAACACUAAACUUGAGUGUUCCAGUUUCAGAGAAAAUUGGGAUUCUGACUAUGUGUUUGGAAGGAAGCUUGCAGUAGGUCAAGAGACACAAUUCAGGCAAGAGCCAAUUACUCAUAACAAAACCCUCUCUAAGGAAAGAGAACGUACAUAUAACAAAUCUGGAAGAUGGUUCUAUUUGGACAAUUCAGAAGAGAAAGUUCAUAAUCGUGAGUCAAUUAAAAAUUUUCAAAAAAGUUCAGUGGUAAUAAAACAAACAGGCAUCUAUGCAGGAAAAAAGCUUUUCAAGUGUAAUGAAUGUAAGAAAACUUUUACGCAGAGCUCAUCUCUUACCGUUCAUCAGAGAAUUCACACUGGAGAAAAACCUUAUAAAUGUAAUGAAUGUGGGAAGGCCUUUAGUGACGGCUCAUCCUUUGCCCGACACCAGAGAUGUCACACUGGCAAGAAGCCCUAUGAGUGCAUUGAGUGUGGGAAAGCUUUUAUACAGAACACAUCCCUUAUCCGUCACUGGAGAUACUAUCAUACUGGGGAGAAACCCUUUGAUUGUAUUGAUUGUGGGAAAGCCUUCAGUGACCACAUAGGGCUUAAUCAACACAGGAGAAUUCAUACUGGAGAGAAACCUUACAAAUGUGAUGUAUGUCACAAAUCCUUCAGGUAUGGUUCCUCCCUUACGGUACAUCAAAGGAUUCAUACCGGAGAAAAACCAUAUGAAUGUGAUGUUUGCAGAAAAGCCUUCAGCCAUCAUGCAUCACUCACUCAACAUCAAAGAGUACAUUCUGGAGAAAAGCCUUUUAAAUGUAAAGAGUGUGGAAAAGCUUUUAGGCAGAAUAUACACCUUGCCAGUCAUUUAAGGAUUCAUACUGGGGAGAAGCCUUUUGAAUGUGGGGAGUGUGGAAAAUCCUUCAGCAUCAGUUCUCAGCUUGCCACUCAUCAGAGAAUCCAUACUGGAGAGAAGCCCUAUGAAUGUAAGAUUUGUAGUAAAGCAUUCACCCAGAAGGCUCACCUUGCACAGCAUCAGAAAACCCAUACAGGAGAGAAACCAUAUGAGUGCAAGGAAUGCGGUAAAGCCUUCAGCCAGACUACACACCUCAUUCAACAUCAGAGAGUUCACACUGGUGAGAAACCCUAUAAAUGUAUGGAAUGUGGGAAGGCCUUUGGUGAUAACUCAUCCUGUACUCAACAUCAAAGACUGCACACUGGUCAAAGACCUUAUGAAUGUAUUGAGUGUGGAAAGGCAUUCAAGACAAAAUCCUCCCUUAUUUGUCAUCGCAGAAGUCAUACUGGAGAAAAACCUUAUGAAUGUAGUGUGUGUGGCAAAGCCUUUAGUCAUCGUCAAUCCCUUAGUGUACAUCAGAGAAUCCAUUCUGGAAAGAAACCAUAUGAAUGUAAGGAAUGUAGGAAAACUUUCAUCCAAAUUGGACACCUUAAUCAACAUAAGAGAGUUCAUACUGGAGAGAGAUCUUAUAACUAUAAGAAAAGCAGAAAAGUCUUCAGGCAAACUGCACACUUAGCUCAUCAUCAGCGAAUUCAUAAUGGAGAGUCGUCAACAUGCCCCUCUUUACCUUCCACGUCAAAUCCUGUGGAUCUGUUUCCCAAAUUUCUCUGGAAUCCAUCCUCCCUCCCAUCACCAUAGCCUCGAGACAUCAUUUCUGUUUGACUACUCCAGCAGUUUAAAACCCCAUCUCCCUGCCCUUUUGUUUUCGUUUUGUCCCUUAUUAGUUUGUUCUUCACAUAAGUGUAAAUGUAACUUAUUCACUCCUCUUGUAAAACUUAUAGUUUCUUUAAAUUGGUUAAUGUGUGAGAUGUGCUCAGCACAGUGCCUGGUCCAUAUUAAGUGCUCAGUAAACUUAGCUCUUUUAAAAACUUUGUAUUUGAACAUUGAAAAGUUACAGUAGUCAGCUCUGAUAAAAAAAAAAUGAUGCAGUAGGAUGAGGGUAGGAAAAAGCAUACUUUAGAUCAGGAACAGCAUUCUCCAGUAGUAGGUGAGGUUUUGCCUAUAUUGGUUUAAAACUUGACUCUAUAACGCCAAGUUAGUUUUGUGGCUUUCCAUCUGACCUUAUGUGAAUGUAAGGUGAUGUGACCUUGUUGGUGAGAAAAUUAAACUUUACAUGUGACUUGAUUUGUUUUAGAAAGUCUAGGGACCAUGAAUGAAUAGGCCACCUGGGACAAAUGAAUUUAAAAAAUCAGAAAAAUGCAAGAUUUAUAUGCAUAAAGUUAAAACAACUGACAUGUUACUCAAGAAUUAGAAAACCUUGUAAGAUUUCACCUGUUUAAAAAUCAUAUUUAUAAAUGAACUGUAUUAAAACUUUUAAAGAACCAUUCAUUGUGAGGUAAACUGAUCCAGAAUAGGAGUCAGCAAACUAUGACUCAUGGCUGCAGUCUCACUGACUGUUUUUGUAUGGUCCAUGAUCUAGAAUUUAAAAAAAUUUAAAAAAAUUGAAAAAAAUGAAAAGAAUAUUUUCAACAUGAAAAUUAUAUGAAAUUUAAGUUUUGGUGUCUGUAAAUAAAGUUUUGUUGGCUUCAGCCACACACUGAUUUCUACCUUGACUGUGCUGCUUCCAGGCUAUAGCAGCAGAGUUGAGCAGUUGUGACGGGAGACCAUGUGGCCUGCAGAGCCCAAAUAUCUACUGUCUGAUCCUACACAGAAAAUGUGUGUUAUCCCUGCUAUGGAGCAGAGGUUAUCAAACUAAAGCUCAUGGGCCAAAUCCUAUCUGCUGCUUGUUUUUGUAAAUAGAGUUUUAUCAAACCACAGCCAUGCUUACUUGUUUAGCUAUUGACUAUGGCUGCUUUAGACAACUGUGACAGACUAUAUGGCUCACAAAACUUCAAAUAUUUCCUAUCCUUUAACAGAAAGUUUGCCAACCUCUGCUCUAGAGUAGAGAAGAAUGUAUAAAAUAUUCUAAUUUUAUGAGGGCAAUACAACUCUCACAUCAAAAACAAAACAAAUGACAAAGGAACUCAUUUGUCAAUAGAGGUGAAAGGAAAUUAUUAAACUAUAUUGAAAAAUAAAGAUGUCAAUAAAAGGAGAAAUGAUAUUUUUCUAGAUGAAAUACUCAAUAUUGUUAAAAUGUUUGUAAAUUAUAAUUCAGUCCCAGUAAGAUAUAUUUACUUUGACGGUAACAGGGAAGCAUAAUUAGGCAAGAAUAGCAAGAAGUUUUUUUUUUGUUGUUGUUGUUGUUGUUUUUUUGAGAUGGAGUCUCACUCUGUUGCCCAGGCUGGAGUGCAGUGGUGUGAUCUCGGCUCACUGCAACCUCCGCCUCCCAGGUUCAAGCAAUUCUCUGCCUCAGCCUCCCGAGUAGCUGGAAUUACAGGUGCCUGCCACCACACCUGGCUAAUUUUUGUAUUUUUAGUAGAGAUGGGGUUUCACCAUCUUGGCCAGGCUGGUCUUGAACUCCUGACCUCAUGAUCCACCUGCCUUGGCCUCCCAAAGUGCUGGGAAUACAGGCAUGAGCCAUGACAACCGGCCAGGAAUUUUUUUUUUUUAAGAGAUGGAGGCCUCACUCUAUCAUCCAGGCUGGAGUGCAGUGCUAAGAUCCUAGCUCACUGUAACCUUAAAAUAUUUUUUUUGUAGACUGUGUCUUGCUUUGUUGCCCAGCCCGGUCUUGGGCUCCUUGCCUCAAGUGAUUCUCCUGCCUCAGCCUUCCCCAAAAUUUUUGAAAUAGAUUUAUUUGCAUAUGAGAUUUUGGUAUAUAAUAGCACUAUUAUUUCAAUAUCAGGGAAAUUAUGUUUUGAUAAUUGGUUAUCCACCCUCUCCAAGAAAAAAGUUAGAAGCACAUUUACACCUUACAGAGAAAUAUGACUAUUGUAUUUGACAUAUCAUAAAAUAACAUGUUAUAGGCAAAUGUAGAAAAAAGAAACUAUUAUCCAGUAGGACACGGAGUCCUAGAAGCCAUAAAGAAAUCGAGAACAAGUUGGGCUAUGCAACGAUCUAAAACUUCAGCAUGGUGAAAGGCACCAAAAACUUGUAAAAGACAAUUGAAGGAAAAUGUAUGCAACUUACAGAAAAUAACAGAAUGCUGUUACAUAUACAGAACAGUGGGGAACAAUUGGCCAUGCACACUGAUAGGCACAUGACCCUGAAGAAUCCAAAUGAAUAAAAUCGUGAAAUUCUUAACCUCAUUAAUCAGAAGAAUAUGAAUGAAACCACAUUUUCCUGGCUGUUAGGUAGAUCACAAUAUAAAAUUUGGAUAAUAUCCAGUAAUGGUAUUAGUGUGGGAAAACAGGUACUUGAUCAUUAUUAGCAGUGUAACUUCAUCCCCUAUUUCCUUGGAUGGCAUGACCUAUCAACAUUAUAAACGUGAAUUUUUUUCAAACAGUAA